GAAAAUCGUGUAAUUAUCGUUGCACACGGAGGGGAAAGUAAUCCAAGGAUGGAGGAUAUUUUUCAAUGGUGUCGAGAAGGAAAUGCCAUGCAAGUACGCGUUUGGCUGGACGACACUGAACAUGACAUGAAUCAAGGUGAUGAUCAUGGGUUCAGUCCUCUCCAUUGGUGUUGCAAAGAGGGGCACUUAAAAUUGGCAGAGUUACUAGUUAGCAGAGGAGCACGCAUAAAUGCAACUAAUAGAGGGGAUGAUACUCCUCUUCAUCUUGCUUCGGCCCAUGGACAUAAAGAAAUAGUUCAAUUGUUACUCAGGAAUCGAGCAGAUGUUAAUGUCACAAAUGAGCAUGGUAACACUGCCCUUCAUUAUGCUUGCUUUUGGGGUGAUCAAGCAGUUGCCGAGGAAUUAGUGACUGCUGGUGCUCUUGUAUCUAUUGCGAAUAAAGAUGGCGAUACACCUUUGGAUAAAGCACGAGGUCACUUGGCUAAAAGAUUACAUGAUUUGGCUGUGGAAUAUGGACAGGACUUAAAAAAGAUUCAGUUUAAAGAUCAAAGCUGGUUAGGUUUAAAAACUAGAAGUCGUGAUGCCACGCUGUCAAGGCACAAAGGGAUCAACAUGGCAGAUUUAUCUCUACAUACUCACUUAGCUAGUACACCAAGCGGUGAAACUUGGCGAGGACGUUGGCAAAACAAUGAUAUUGUGGCAAAAAUUUUGAACAUACGUGAAUGUACGGCGCGCAUCUCGAGGGACUAUAACGAAGAAUUCCCGAAAUUAAGGAUUUUUUCUCAUCCCAAUGUACUGCCUGUACUUGGUUGUGUCAAUCAACCACCACAAUUAGCUACUGUGUCGCAAUAUAUGGCACGUGGAAGUUUGCAUAGGCUUUUACAUGGUGGUACAGGAGUCGUUGUCGAUACUGCGCGUGCACUUAGACUUGCGCUCGAUGUUGCAAGAGCUAUGGCAUUUCUUCAUGGGCUCGAAAGACAAAAUAGAUGUAGAUUCCAUCUUAAUAGUAAACAUAUUAUGAUUGAUGAAGAUUUAACAGCUCGCGUAAAUAUGGCAGAUUCGAAAUUUUCAUUUCAAGAGGUAGGUCGUAUUUAUGAACCGGCAUGGAUGUCGCCAGAAGCUCUAAGUAAACGUCCAGCGGAUAUAAAUCUUGAGGCCAGUGAUAUGUGGAGUUUUGCUGUUUUGCUAUGGGAACUUGCGACUAGAGAAGUUCCAUUUGCAGAUCUUUCGCCGAUGGAAUGUGGCAUGAAAAUUGCAUUGGAGGAUUUACGUGUCAGUAUACCGCCAGGAAUUUCACCGCAUCUUGCUAAACUUAUUAGAAUUUGUAUGAACGAAGAUCCAGGAAAACGCCCAUCUUUUGACAUGGUCGUUCCUAUACUCGACAAAAUGAAACGCUAACUUUUGAUAUUAU